AUGGAAGGCACUACAAAUAAAUCAUUGUUUGGUAAACUUGCCAGUCUUGGCAGGAGGCCGCAACAACCUUUAACUGAUCUCUCAGAGCUUUAUUCCAAAAUAGCCAAUGAAAGUAUCUUGUUUCUCAAGCUAGAGGAGAAGGGGAGGUACAAACAGGCAGUCCAGGGAUGGAAAGCUAUGACUACUAAUGUCAUGUUUCAAUUGACAAUGAUUGAGAGACAGUAUCCACAUGCAGAUAGAUAUACCCCAGAGGAAAUUAGUCUCCAAACUGGCAUAAACGAACUAUAUCAGAAGAGCAUGUUGCAUCUAGAUAGAGUAAAAGAACUAAAUGAGCAGUAUGGUUCGCAACAAGACAAUAUGGGAAAUCUAUCUUAUUCCCAGGUAUCAAAAGGUACUAGGAUAAAUUCACCGGUUAAACCGCUCAAAACUCAUAAUACAUCAGGCUCCAUUAUAUCGUUUUCAAGUGAUAAUAAAGGCAGAAAGAUGAAUACGACACUGCGAGAUAAUGUACAUUAUACUGCACCAAAGAAGAGCAAUAGGACAGCAAAUAGACUUGCUUUCUCUGGGGGCGACAAUAAUUCUUUGAAAGAUGCAGGCUACAGAGAGCCUAAGGUGUUUUUUGCUACUUCUAAACCAUUAGGACAACCUAAAUUAAAUGAUCAUAAGAGUACCACAGCUGAUUUCUUUGAUGACUUUGAUGAUACUGCUUAUCAGGAUAAUGAAUUUGACGAUCCUAUUGAAGAUUUGAUUGACUUAAAUAGUGACGAAGACCAGAAAUUUACUAGCCCCGUUGCAAUUCAAAAGUCUAAAAAGGUUGUCAGUGAAAACAUAGCCGAUUUAAAUAGAAUUUCAAAGCGUUUUACAAGUUUUAAUGGUGAUGAGGAUUUCGAAUUCGAUGUUGAUGAUUAUUUUGCGGAUGAUUACUCGGAUAAUACUGAUGAUGACUCUUCCGUUGACUCAGAACAGGAGAAACAAGCGAGAUCACAAGCACUAGACAAAUUAAUGGGUGAGCAAAAGAUCGAGACAAAUUCAUCUAUAUCUACAUCAAGUGCAUCCUGCAAAUCUAAUGCGAGCGACGAGGAUAUAUCUGUACCGAUAGUGCCGCCACCGUUACCACCACUUCCCCCUCUUGAUAUACAGGAUGAUAAAAGAUUUUGGUCUACAAAAAGAGCAGAAUUAUCCAAAAUCAACAAAUCUGCACCAACUUUACUGGGUAAUGAAACGGGAAAGGAUUUAUCUGAUAUAAAUUUGAAAAAAACUGCAACGAAUCCAACUGAAAAAAAGAGUAGAAAGACAGGAUCAUUGACCUCAUUAAGUAAGCCAGUUCAGAAGAUAUCUAGCAAUAACACCAAAAAAGAAGUUCCUGCAAAAAUUGUUAUACCUGCAACUAAACCAAUUUCAGCUGCCGCUGCAGCCAAAAUGGUUUAUGCCAAAAAAGGUGCGACUGGCAUUCCUAAACCGAAUAGGACUAAGGCUAAUUUUUCAAGUUCUGUAAAUGACCAGAAAACAAUGUCUAGGCCAUCAAAUUUAAACCCUACCAAGUCUGUUCCCGUGAUUAAGAAAACAUCAGACACUCAACUUUCUACAUCAUCGAAGGCAGUCAAGAAUGUAAAACCAGUGUUGCGGAAAACGGUAAUAAAAAAGCCUGCACAACAAAAACCUACUAGCGUGAAGAUUAACGGAAGCACAAGACCUACUAAAGGUGUGGUAACUUCGAAAAAGCCAAUCAAGCCCACACAAGCUAAGAAAGUUGUCAAAAAAGUGGAUGCCCUUGAGGACAAAAAAGGUGAUCCUGAUACCAAUAUCAAACAAGCACCAGAUGGGGAGGCUGAUGAAGCAAAAUUAAAGGAAGCUUUGGAAGAUGAAAUCAUAAAUAGUCUGCCUGGUGUUGAUAGAACAGCUGCAAAGCAGAUUUUUUCAGAAAUUGUUGUACACGGGGAUGAAGUGCAUUGGGAAGACAUUGCUGGUUUAGAGAAUGCAAAGUUUUCAUUAAAAGAAGCUGUUGUUUACCCCUUCUUGAGACCUGAUUUAUUUUUGGGAUUACGUGAACCAGUCCGAGGUAUGCUGCUUUUUGGUCCGCCAGGUACAGGUAAAACCAUGUUGGCAAGAGCAGUUGCAACGGAGUCUCAUUCUACUUUUUUUUCCAUUAGUGCUUCGAGUUUAACAUCCAAAUAUUUAGGUGAGAGUGAAAAAUUGGUUAGAGCUCUGUUUGCCAUUGCAAAGAAGUUAUCACCAUCAAUUAUAUUUGUUGAUGAAAUCGAUUCUAUCAUGGGUAGCAGAAAUUCUGAUGGUGAAAAUGAAUCUAGCAGAAGAAUAAAAAACGAGUUUUUAAUUCAGUGGUCUUCGCUAAGUAGUGCUGCUGCUGGAAACAAUCGAGAAGACGGAGAUGAUGGGCGUGUAUUGGUCCUUGCAGCAACGAAUCUUCCUUGGAGUAUUGAUGAAGCAGCAAGAAGAAGAUUUGUUAGAAGACAAUACAUUCCCCUUCCCGAACCAGAAACCAGAAUGGUACAAUUGAAAAAGCUUUUAUCUCAUCAAAAACAUAAUCUAGAUGACGCUGCUUUUGCUGAGCUAUUAAAUCUCACUGAGGGUUAUUCUGGUAGUGAUAUUACUUCAUUGGCUAAAGACGCUGCGAUGGGACCACUUCGUGAACUUGGUGACAAGCUGUUAGAAACUACAAGGGAGAGUAUCAGACCUUUGGAGGUGAAAGAUUUCAAAAACAGUUUGGAGUACAUAAAGCCUUCUGUCUCUCAAGAAGGUUUGGAAAAAUAUGAAGAAUGGGCCGCUAAGUUUGGUUCUUCAGGAGUUUGA